GUUUUCAGUAUUCCAAAAAGGGACUGCAGUGAACUACCACCUGGAACAAAUAGUGGGGUGUAUUGUAUUCAGCCUGACAACGGAACUGAAAUAUCUGUGUUCUGUGAAAUGGACAUUGAUAAUGGGGGAUGGACUACAAUCCAGAGACGAUAUGACGGCACUGUGGACUUUUAUCGGUUUUGGGAGGAUUACAAAUCUGGAUUCGGGCACGUAGAUGGUGAACAUUGGCUUGGAAAUGAUAAUUUGCAUUUCAUUCUACGACAAGGCUACUACCAAGUCCGAUUUGACCUCGAAGACUUUACAGGGGAUACAUCGUAUGCUAUUUAUGAUACCAUAUAUGUUGGGGAUGAGAAUACAAACUACACACUCAACCUGACUGGCUACAAUGGAACAGCAGGUCAUGCAAUGAAGGAUUGGCAUCCAAAUCAAUUAGAUGGUAUGAUGUUUACCACUCGUGACAGGGACAACGAUCUAAGCCCAACUAACUGUGGUAUCAAAAAGGAAAGUGGUUGGUGGCAUGCUGCAUGUUCCUAUUCCAAUAUCAAUGGUGGUUAUGGAGAACUGUAUAAUAAUACUGCGAACAUGUAUUGGAAAACAUGGAAACCAAAUGCACUAAAAAAGACAAGAAUGAUGAUCAAACCAAUUUAAACAGGCAAAAUUGGAAUAGUUGGUACUUAGAAAGUAAACUUGAAGAAUCAGACAUUUUUUCCAGAAAGAUUAUGUUUAGAUUUCAUUUGGAUAUGUUUGUAUUGGCGUUACACAUGGUAGAAGUGUGUUCAUAAUCUAUCAUUACAUGUAGGUAGUUUAUUUCCGGCAAGAUUGACUGAACCAAGUAUUUUAACUAUUCCAAUUAAUGUAAUAUUUCUGUUAAGUAUCAAAUAAAAGAGCUCACUGACUGUUAUUUUACGAAGAUGUGAUAAAAGUUAAGAUGUGAUAUCUUACCAAAUCAAAAUCGAUAUAUGAAAUUUAUGUUAUUACGUCUUUGGAAUAAAAUGUUCUUCGCAAGCGAUUUCAAACGGUAUAUUUUGGUACGAUUUAUACUUUAUACUCAUCUGACUUUUCAUAUUAAAUUUACUGAUACUUGAAUUUAUAUAUGCAUAUCUUCACACCUUUAAGAUACCUUGUUUGUGAUAACCUGUAUUCUUUGAAUAAAUAUAUGAUCUUACUAAUUAUAUUGAGUACCAUUGGUAUCAAUAUCGGUGACAAAUAAGGAAAUAGCAGAGGAAAAACACUCAUUAAGUAUGAUAAAAUAUAAAGCCUUUAAGUGACAUUCAUAUUUCGCUAAUAGAAA